AAUACAAUGGAUCGUGGGACUUCCAGGGGACGGGCGGUGGAGAAGUUUGCUGAGGUGUGCCGGGAUGUCCUGACUGAGCCUGAACGCCUAGGCCUGUAUAAGCUUCUCAGCGACUAUCACAGGAGACGAAGGGUUGAACGACUGGUCCCUGGACUGUUCAAGGUCAUCAGGGAGGAAAAUAGGAUGGAGGUCAUCCACGUCCUGCGUCAGCUGAUUCCAUACGCGCACCUGCCAGAAUUCGACAGACAAACCCGUCAGAGAAGGGCCAGGGGUCAACUCAAAACCUUCUUUUGGGACGACGAAGAUGAUGGGAUAGGAACCACAGUCAGCUUCAGCAGUGAGGACGAGUCGGAGGGUGAGAAAACUCGGGAGGAUUUACAUGAAGUAACCUUACAUAGGGAUAGUCCAUCACAGAAUCUAGGAUUCAGUAUCAGGGGCGGAUCAGAGCAUGGUCUGGGGGUGUAUGUCAGUGAGGUAACACCCGAUUCUUUAGCGGCUGGAGCAGGAUUGGAGUUUGGUGACAAAAUCUUGUCAGUAAAUGGCGUCAGUCUAAAGAAUAAGUCCAGCAGUAUUGUGGCGAGUCUUAUGACCAGCAGCUCAGAUAUCAACAUGACACUGAGGAUGACCGGGCACCUGCCAAAAUGGCGAUUAUUCAAGGAAAAGACAGCAUGGUUUGACCACGAGAAAAAGACGGUAAUAUGUGGGGAGUUUGAGAAAUCUGGAGCUUCACACUACAUAAAAGGUCUAGACAUGGAUAUUCCCGAGCGAAGAGUGACAUUGAUCAAUGAUGGAGUUCUGGGGCUCAAUAUUAGGGGAGGGUCAGAGUUUGGCCUGGGUAUUUACGUGUCAAGCAUUGACCCAGGGGGGCAAGCAGAACGCCAAGGGGUAAGGGUUGGAGACCAGAUAGUGGAGGUCAACGGUGUUAAAUUUGAAGACGUUACACAUGCCAGGGCUGUAGAUGUUCUAACGAGUCAGGACCACAUAAUUAUUACACUGAGAGAUGUUGGUCGAUACCCGGCAUUUAAAGAGGUGUAUGGAAAAUAUUCUUGGAUUCAUGGAAACCCUAAAGUUGGAACACGCAAAAACAAAGCACUGCAUGUAAAAGUUCCGGUGGAAGUUUUGUCUCAGCGGUCACAUGACCAUAAUUCUGACAGCGCAUACAAUGACGGACUUCCUUUGCAAUCCGAGAUUUAUCUUCCAAGCACAAGCCAAGGAUCAGGAAAAGAGAAAAUGAUAGUAGACGACAGCGAUAUGGACGAUUUGGGGUCUGUCAACUUAGAAAUGUGGAAACACGCCGAGGGGUUCCAAAAUCCUGCUUAUAACUCAGAGUUUCGGAAGGACGAAUACAAUUCUGGUGAGUCGGAUUCAGAUGAGGGAUCUGGAAUUCAAGGAGAAUACAGUAUGAUGACAAUGGAUGCAAAAAUGAUGGAAGAAUUCGAACUUGUAGAUAUUGAGCGGAAGGAAGAUACACCGAUAGACAUUGAGAAAGAAACCGUGAUCGAUCUCACUUUGAAAGAAACAGAUGACGAGGCGGUUUAUAUUUCAAAGACUUCAAGGCAGUACUCUUCGAGGAACAAUAAAAUUAUAGAAGAAAAGAUGGAGUUUUUGGAACCAUCAGACGCUGAAGACAGUUGUUCAGCAAGUCUGAGUUGUUCACCAGUAAGUCUGGAUUGUUCACCAGGAAGACUGAGUUGUUCACCAGAGACCAGACGAUACACAGCUUGGUCCGACGAAGAAAUAUUUAAAUAUAAUGGAGAAGAUGAAAGUGUCAGCCCAGCGUCUUCUCGACGAAGUAUGGGCGAAUAUUCGGAACAAGAAUUUGAUUCAAGGAUGAACGCUCCAGAUUUGAAGGAAUAUCAAACAAGUCGCCAAUCAUCUCCUUCGCCGGCAUCGAGUGUUCGAUAUAUUUCCAGGAAAGACAGUGAUCACAUUGAAGAUGAUAUUGAAAUUCAGGAAUUUGUGGAAAAGAACAAUGCUUCUCAAAUUCAAAAAGAAGUAAAUCCAUAUGCUUCCAUCGAGAGACAAUUAAGUACAGGUUUUGUAGUCAGUGAUGAAGAGAUUGUAGUCAUGCGAAGUUUCGAUAGACAGAUAGGUGAUUCUGAGGAGAUUCAUUCACUUCCAAGUGAUACUGAACACUUAGUUCAAAAUGAAUCGGACUCGGUGUCAUCAUCCGAAAAGAUAAAACAUGAAAUAAAAAAUAGAAACCUUCUUAAGUACGAAUCAACCAGCUUUAGAAGUAGUAAGCCGCAACUAUCACCGUUGGAAUUGCAGGAACAGACCAUUUUGCUUCCUGUUAAUCAGAGUAAGAAAGAUGAAGUAGACAACCGACAAAAGGAGGACCACAAGGAUCCAGGUUCUUCUCCGAUGACAGAGAUUUCAGGAAACUUAAAGAUGCCGAAGACUCCGGAGAAAGACAAAACUAGAGACUUGGCUUCAAAACGCAGAGCUCGUGGAAACUGGAAAGUCUUAAGAGACAAGAUUAAAGGAAGUUUACGCAUUAAGCCCCUCUCACGCAAAGGUCUAGAAGAAAGGUUAAGAGAGAUAGCAAGGGAAAAUGAACAGUCAGACAGGCAAAGAGUUUCAUCAAACAAGUUCCAAAAAACCACCGUGUCUUCCAACAGUGUGAAGGCUUUAGAGGAGGCAUCCAAACGGUUUCUAGACGCACAAGAACUUUCAGACCUUCUAACACAGAUCAGAAUGUACCAUGAAAGUCAUGAUCUGGACCGAUUGUUGGAGGUUCUAUUAGCCAUGUUAGAUACUCCAGAGAAGAUCUUAUUACUGAGGGAAAUAAGAAGUGUUAUCUUCCCUGUGGACAUCUACAGAUUCGAGCUAUCAGUCAGCAGAUACGAAAAGGAAGCUUAUGAAAAAUUGUCGACCAAACUACAUCUUUAUCUUAACCAUGGCAAGGAGCGCAAGCCAAAGAAGCACUUGCUCCACACCGAAACGGAUGAGCACGGCCAUUUCUAUGUGAAGUCCGUUGAACAGUUCUCAAGGGAACAGGAGCUGAAGAAGACGGUUGUAGAGGCCUUGUCUGGAGCCAAAGAUAGAGAUGAUGAUAAUGAUGGAGAUAGAGAAGCUUAUGGAGAUAGAGAUAUUGACGUCCUCAGGCAUGACUCUGGGCUCUGUAGCAGAACAGACUCCAUUCAAGAAGACACAAGAAGUGAUGUGAUUUCCUUGAAGUCUAGUGAGAUAUCUACAAGAAAAAUAACAGCUAACAUUUCCAAGAACAAACAAAACCUAGGUCUCUGUGUGUCGGGAGGCAUAGAGAGUAAAGCCCAGCCUGAGAUCAAGGUAGAACAGGUGUUAGAGGAUGGGGCAGCAGCGGACGAACCAGCGAUACAGCCUGGAAUGGUCAUCUUGUCCAUCGAUGGUCACAGUAUGGUAGGAGUCAGACAUUCUGUGGCAGUCAACGCUCUCAGGUCGUCCUUCAGCAACAAACGGAAGGUCAAUAUGACAAUCGUAUUAAAAAGAAUAGAUACCUGACCUUGGGACAAGGCCAUAGUAACAGUUUAGUAAAUAAAUUUUCUUUGUUGCAUGGUUCUACUCUACUGACCACAAACUUCACAAACCGUAUCAACAAAGAAAGCAUUAGUCUCGUAAUUUGACUUUUUUGUAUACAGUACUUUAUAUUUUUCUUUGUAAUCUCAUCAGUUUCCUGCUACAUUAUGUAGUCCAUUAUGGUAUUUUCAAUUUUUAGACUAUUUAUAAAGCGAAAUUAAAGUGAAUUUCUACCUGACUGAAAUCUUAAAUCUGGGCAUUAUGAGUAAAAACCUGUUUGAUUAUGAAAAAUAAAGGAAACUUGCUUUUUUCAAACUUGACAUUUCAUUCUUAUGAUUAAUGAUUAUCAUAAUAAUCUUUUUUAUGAAUGUUUAGGCCUAACUGAAAAUUUCCUUUUAUGAACAGUUGUUGUUAACUCGUACUACUGUAUAGAUAUAAAAAAAUUAUAUUAGCUUUCUCACAAAGUUGCGAAUUCACAAAACAGUGAAAAAUCCGUAUGUUAAAAAGAUUGGGAACGUGUUAAAUCAACCUCAGCGCUGAUGUUGCAGAGGAAGAAUAAGCGAAAUUAGACGGUCAGACCCUAUACAGUAUGAUUGUGUGAUUAUACAUGAUUCAGUUUAACUAUACUUAUUGUACAGUUUCUGUAACUAUACUAAUUGUACACUUCUCUAGAACUAUACUUAUUGUACAGUUUCUGUAACUAUAUUUAUUGUACAGUUUCUCUAGGACUAUAUUUAUUGUACUAUACGUAUUGUACAGUUUCUCUAGAACUAUACGUAUUGUACAGUUUCUCUAAUUAUACUUAUUGAACAGUUUCUCUAGCUAUACUAAUUGUACAAUUUUUCCUAUGUAUUGGUAAAAUGUAUACUUAGUCAUUGACUGGCUUUCACCACUCAUGCAAUCCUUUAUAUAUCAUUUUGUUGAAAUUAUAUCAAUUAUAUAUUUAUAUCAAUUAACUUACAUAUUUUAAUGUCAUUUCUCUCUGUGCAGAUAUAGAGAUGAUAAAUUUUAAUCUAUUUUUUUUUUACA